AAGAAAAAUUAUGAAAUAACUAAAAUCAAAUUAUGUUUAAUCAGUGAGCGAGAGAACUUGACCGCAAUUAAUUUCCACCUACUACUAAAGAAUAAAACCUAUCAAUUAAAUGUCAACCCAGCUGGCCAAAUUGAUUGCUUUAAAGCAGAAUCUUAUCUCCUUUGUGCUAACACUGAGACUCAAACAAAAGGAACAUCAAUUGCUCUCCAGUUUUACAGCCCUGCGCAGCAUUCCAAAAGCUAAAGCUAAUAACAAGGUAUUCGAAUCGCGUCGUUGUCGCACUGCUAACAGUUGUGUUGGACAUAUCGUCCGAAUUGCUGCACUUAUUGGGCUUCCUGUUGUGUACAACACUCCUGCAACCCCAUCCCUACCACCACUGUCACCACAAUUAAUACAACACCUCCGAAUGGCAGAGGAAUCAAGUCUUGAGAGUGUUCUGCAGAAUGCUGAUCAACUAUUCGAUGAAAACCACUUUCAAGAAGUAGUGGAUGUCCUCGACAAAUACAAGGAUCAAAAUCAACCCGAUAUCCAAUGGAGAAAAGCCAGGGCGACAUUUUCCGUUGCCAAAGCAACCAAGGACAAGAGCGAGAAAGAAAAAUUGAUAAAGAAUUCACAUGAACUGAUUAAGGCUGCUGUUGCAGCGGACCCCGUUAAUUUUGCUGCCCACAAAUGGAUGGCAAUCAUAAUGGAUGCUGCUGCCGAACUCCAGGGUAUCAAGGCAAGAAUAUUGCAAUUGGAUAACAUUAAAUUCCAUAUGAGCGAAGCGGUUCGUUUGAAUCCAGAGGAUCCAACUUCAUGGCACUUGAUUGGAGCCUACGAAUACGGUCUGGCAGAGUUAUCGUGGAUUCAAAGGAAACUAGUUUCUACGAUAUUUGCCUCACCACCGACCGGUUCCUUCGAAAAGGCUCUGGAGAGUUUUCAGAAGGCUGAGUCUCUGAAAGAAGGAUUCUACUCGAACAAUUGGUUAAUGAUUGCAAAGUGUUAUAUGGCAUUGAAGCAAAAUGAUAAAGCGAAAGGAUUUCUAGAGAAAGCUGCCAAUUGUGCUGUGUUAAAUGAAGAUGAUAAGAAAUGCAAGGAGGAAGCUGUAGCUUUACUACGAAAACUAUAAAUUUUAUACUGCCAUUUUAUAAAUAUAAAAACAAAGGAAUUUACUAAUAGCACUUUCAAAUAAAUGUGGAUGAACUUGUUGUUGUCUGUGAGGUUUAAAAUGCUUACAAUUUUUGUUUAUUUUUAAAACGAUGUACCUACUACUAAUUUUCGCAUAUGAUUUUUUAGACAAAUUUGAUAUUCAUACUUUAUUAAAAUAAAAAGAAAUGUA